CGGUAUUAUUCUAGUAUAUUCUAUAAGCUGAAGUUCUGAGUGCUGUUCAGUUCUCGCCGUCGAUUCUCGGCAUGAACGAAGCAUGCCAACAAUGACCGCAGGGUCACAUCAUCCCACCCUGAACGCCAGCUCCCGGUUUGCUGCGGCAGACAGAUCGUACUGUAAGACAAGACCCAAACGAAACACGGCCGGCCAAAGCUAGGCCAAUCGUCUUUGCUAGCUCCAUGCGCAUUUCCUUGCCUGGAACUCUUCCCUCCACACCAUGCCCAGUUUGAGCCAGUUCGGAACUCUUGUCUGCUCGCCCAAUAGCUACAUAACUCUCCAUUCCCGCGUUCUUCGUCACCUUUGAACUUGGACAACGGCAAGCUUUCCCAGUGAACUAUCGCAGCGAACCGCCAAAAUGGAUCGCUUCCAUCAUAUCAAUCCCUUCGCCAAGCGAGAUUCGCACAGCGCGAGCUCGGUCGUCUGGUACAAGGUUCUCACCUUGACCAGCUGGCUUCUCUCGGUUGUCGUCACGGUUUACUACGCCCUCGAGCCUCCCAACGACGGGAAACAUCAUCGCGGGACCAUCUGGCACCAGAACGGCCACCACCGCUCGGGCUUCACCCUCAACCCAAUCAUCACCUCCAUCUACUGGAUCGCCCUGUUCAUCCUCCAACUCGUCUACAUCUCGCACCUCUUCUCCUCCAAAGCCGAGUCAGUCAACGCGGCCUGCUCGGUCGGUUCGCACUUCAUCCUGCACAACCUGCUGCACUUCGGCUUCGUCAUGCUGUUUGUGCGCUCGCACUUUGUCUGGGCCGAGGUGCUGCUCAUCCUAAACUUCGCCAACCUCACGUCGCUCUACUUCCGCCACAACACGUACCCGCGCGGCAUCCACUUCCCCGCCGUGUCGGGCCCGUUGGCCUGGACUUUCGUCGCGCUGUACUGGAACGGCGCCAUCAUGGUGCCGCACGAGGGGAGCUUUGUCGCGAGGGUAUUUGCGAAUGUGUUUGUGUGGGCGAUUUUGGGGUAUGGGCUGUUUUUCAUCUUCUUUUACAAGGAUUACACCAUGGGUUUUGCGCUGAGCGUGCUGUCGGCGUCGCUGGGUGUGGCGCAGUUCUUGCGGCAGGUGAUUUCCCUGCAGUGGAUCUUUGCGUUCACCAUCAUGGCCGUGCUAUUUGUCUUCACCGUCAUCGUUGCCGUGCCCGCCUGGACGGGGAGGGAGGUGCCGUGGGGCAGGCCCGCCGAGAGGCAGGCGGAUGCCGAGCGGGCGCCGCUAUUGGCCGACAACUAGAUGGAGGGCCAGACUGACAUUUGGCUACAGGGAGGAGAAAGGGGAGGGGCUAUGGUUAUGAUGAUGCGAGGAAGUACCGGUGAGUUGCGCUCAAGUUCAGACUGUUUGCUUAUCAUGGGCGCAUGUACUUGAUCUUGGUGGAGGGAGUAAUAGUCUGCAUCUCAUGGGGCUCUCGCUUGGGACAUGUCGAGAAUUGGUCUGUAAUGUAGUAUUUGCUCUGGCGGUUUCAAUGAUUGCGAUCGUGACUGUUUCUCAUACGGUGUUGUUCGUCGGAUGGCAG